AGCACACGAUGGCCACACCCAUGGAGGAUGUUGGCAAACAGGUGUGGCGUGGGGCAUUAUUCAUGGUGGACUUCAUCCUCUCAAACCCAGUCAUGUUCAGAGGAGCUACAGUCCUAGAACUAGGAGCAGGGACAGGCUUAACCAGCAUCAUCACAGCAACCAUAGCUAAAACAGUCUACUGCACAGAUGUGGGAGAAGACCUUCUACAGAUGUGUAAAAGAAAUGUAGCGUUAAAUAAACACAUGCUGAAGUCUGCAGAUCACGAGGUGAAAGUAAGGCAGUUGGACUGGCUUCAGGAUGACCUGUGCACAGAUGCUGCUGUGGAGUUUAGUUGGACAAAGGAGGAGGUAGCAGAUCUGAAUAACACUAGCAUCAUAAUUGCUGCUGAUGUUUGUUAUGAUGAUGAUCUGACGGAUGGCCUAUUCCGAACACUGCACCGACUCUGCAGCAACUUUCCACACACCUGCACUGUCUUCAUCUCCAUUGAGAAAAGGAUGAACUUCACCCUGCAGCACAUGGAUGUUUCCUGUGAAGCCUAUGAUCAUUUCAUCCACUGUAUGAACCAACUUCAGGACCUGGAGAACGGACGGUGUAGUUUCAGAGUCGAUCAGCUCCCUUCUAACUUUGAUCAGUUUAUUUUAUAUGAACGUGUAGAACAACUGGAGCUGUGGAAGGUGACUGCGACUCCUCUUCCUUUUAUGCCAGCCAGAUCUGAUCCGGAAGCGUUUUAAUGUUGAUCUUGUACCAGCACCAAACCAAAGUGAAGAGAAACUUUCACCCAAAAUUUGACCUAAAAUAUGUUUCAAGUUUACAGUUGAUGUUUUAAUUACAUAUAUUUAUAAAAAAUAUAUGUAUAAAAUUAAAUGUAGUAAUCAAGAUAAAUAUUGAAAAUAAAAAAAACAAAACAAUAAAAGUAAAAAAUAUUAUUUUGUUUAAAUUUUGCAUUCCCUUGUGUAACUUUUUAUCCUUUUCAUCCUCAUGUCAGUGGUUGUCAGUGUCUGGUUGGAGGAGCUUGGGAAGUGGAAGGAAGUGCUAACUGAGAAGUGGUGGGUCAGUUUUAGAGCCGAUUAGAUAGUCUUUGACCAAGAGACCAAACAGCAACGCUCAGUCAUAGAUCUUUAAAAGUCACCUUGAAAAUGCUGCUUUUGGUCUCUGGUUAGGGUUAGCUUAUGGAUAUUGUAUAUGGGGUUUUGUGCUGAUUAGCAAAAACUGGCAAUCUUUUCUAGUAGGAUUCAUAAGUUUACGGAUGCAACAAACAGGCACAGAUAAGUGCUAUUUAGUCCAAGGUGAAACACUAGAAUUUCGCUCACGAAACUGAAGCACAAAUGUCUUAAAUGAGUCGUAACGCUCUGCACGCAUUGGUGUCUGUUUGAGAAUGCCUUCUCUAAGAAGCACCAUCAGCACAAACACAGUGGAGUUGUUGACAUUGUGAGUUCUGGUAGACAGCAGUCUGCUACAGCGAUGGUGGCAUACCUAUCAGUCAAACCAGCAAACUGUAAUACUUAUUUGUGAAUGACUUCAGAGUAUGAAAGGGAAAUUAUCUACAAGUUAUUUUUGCACCAGACUGUAAACAUACUUUCUAAUUCUGUAAAUAUGGAAAUUCAAAUAUGGGAAUUUAUAACUAUGAGUUAUAAUCGUUUUUUGUCAGUUUAUUGGAGGUUUUUGUCUAACCUGCAGCUGUUUUUGUGAAAUGUUUUGAAGCAGUUAAUUGAAGCAUACCAAAUUUGUUUUAACUUACUUCU